AUGACAGAAACAUCUACUGCUAAAGUUGCCACAACAAAGAAAUCAACAACUACAAGAAAACCAUUUUCUCUUCAAGGUGUUAUUACUCAUUCCAGUUCAAGAACAAUAAUCAAAGCACCAGAAAGAUUAGCAGAUCAACCACCAGUUGCUUCCAAAGUUGUUCGUAAGAAAUCAACCACAACAGUUAAGCCAACCACUGCAAUCAAAAAGAAAGUUGAAAAGAAGAAAGUUGUUGCAUUAAAGAAAACUGCUUCAGCUUCUUCAUCUGGUAAAAAAGUUGUCGCCUCAAAAAAGAAAGUAGUUGCCAAGAAAUAA